AUGCCCGUCUGGGGAGGUGGCAACAAGUGCGGGGCCUGUGGGAGGACCGUGUACCACGCCGAGGAGGUGCAGUGUGACGGCCGGAGCUUCCACCGCUGCUGCUUUCUGUGCAUGGUUUGCAGGAAGAAUUUAGAUAGUACAACAGUGGCAAUUCAUGAUGAAGAGAUCUACUGCAAAUCCUGCUACGGAAAGAAGUACGGUCCUAAAGGCUACGGGUACGGCCAGGGUGCAGGCACGCUCAACAUGGACCGGGGCGAGAGGCUGGGCAUCAAGCCCGAGAGUGUUCAACCUCACAGGCCGACAACAAAUCCAAACACUUCUAAAUUUGCUCAGAAAUACGGAGGUGCUGAGAAGUGUUCCAGAUGUGGGGAUUCUGUAUACGCUGCCGAGAAGAUCAUUGGAGCUGGAAAGCCCUGGCACAAAAACUGUUUCCGAUGUGCUAAGUGUGGGAAGAGUCUUGAGUCAACAACUCUGACUGAGAAAGAAGGUGAAAUCUAUUGUAAAGGAUGCUACGCGAAGAACUUUGGGCCCAAGGGAUUUGGCUACGGCCAAGGAGCGGGGGCCCUUGUUCAUGCUCAGUAGAGGUGCAAACCCAGAACCGAGAAAGAUCACACACCGAGUCUCUACAUAAUCUAGGCAUAGAUAAUCUAACACUCAACUACUGUGAAAUUCUACAGUACCGAAGUA